AUUAUCAUAUAUUUUGAAGUAGCUAAUUUGAAGGCUUAUAAAUACCACCUCUAUGCCACCCUUUCAUAUCAUCACAUUCACUAAAACACUAGUAGCAUUUUGGCUUAGAAUUCUUCCUUGUUCAGCUUCAACUCUUUCAUUACAAUGGCAUCAGUUGAGGUUGAAUCAGUUCCAGUGGCAGAGAUCGUUGCUCCGGUUGAGGCACCGGUGAAAGUGGAGGAGUCUCCUGCAGAGGCAGUGGCGGUGGCGGUGGCGGUGGCGGAAGAAGUAGCUGCUCCAGCUGAAGCCGAGCCUGAGAAAGAAGCCGCAGCAGUGGAGAAGCCAGCCGUUGAAGCCGCUGCGCCAGCUGAAGUUGCCGAGGAGAUGGCUGCUUUGGCUGAAGCCGAGCCUGAGAAAGAAGCCGCGGUGGUGGAGGAGCCAGCCGUUGAAGCCGAGACGACAGUGGUUACAGCUGAAGAGACCGAGGUUAAAGCAGCAGAGGAAGAGGCCGCCCCCGUCGCUGCUGAAGAGGCUGCCAAGGAGGAGGCUGCUAAGGAGGAGGAGGUCGCUGCUCCAGCUGAAGGGGCCGCGGAGGAGGAGGAGGAGGAGGAGGCCGCUCCUGUCGCCGAAGAGGCUGCUCCAGCUGAAGCCGCCAAGGAGGCUGAAGUUGCAGUUGAGAAAACUGAGGAGUGAAAGAGCAACUAAAUAGGAGUAUUUUGCUACUACUAUAUGUCAAAGGUGGCAGUAUUUGAAUCUUUUAUCAUGGUUUUUGAUGGAUGGUGCUGAGUUUUAUUAUUUAAUUUCAAUUUUUAUUUGUAGCACCAUCAUUCAAGUUUCAAUUAAUAAAAUUUAUGUUAUCUAUUUUUAUUGUA